AUGGCACACCCAGGUGUGCAGGUCGUCAACGGCCGUAAAACGUUCAUUCCUUUAGAAAACAACCCCGAUACCAUCACGCAUCUAUGUAGAAGCCUCGGUAUCUCUCCAACCCUGACAUUCCACGAUGUUCUCUCUACAACCCCCGACAUGCUAUCUCAUAUCCCUCGGCCCGUGAACGCCCUCAUCUUACUCGCCGAUACUCCCAUCUAUCUAGCUACUCGCUCCGCCGUGGAACCUACCAUCCAUCUAUAUGCAGGGAGCGGGCCUGAGGAGCCAGUCUUAUGGAUGAGGCAGACGAUUGGUCAUGCCUGUGGCCUGAUGGCGGUUCUACAUGUUGUUUUGAAUCUUGAUUCGGGGAAACAUGUCACUGGUUCAGAGCUACAGGCCUUAGUAAAGAAGGCAGUUGAGCUUCAACCAACGGAGAGAGCUGAAUUGCUGUAUCAGUCCAAGUUUCUGGAGGAGGCACAUAUGGAUGCUGCGUCGCAGGGCUGUUCCAUUGUUCCAUCGCCACGGGAGGACUGUGGGUUCCAUUUCGUGGCAUUUGUGCGGAAGGAGGGCAAAGUUUGGGAGCUGAAUGGGGGUAUGAAUGGGCCGUUGUUGAGGGGCCAGUUGGAGGGUGAUCUGCUUUCGGAGAAUGGUUUGGAGAUGACGGUCAAUGACUUUUUACAGGCUGCUGAAACCGUGGAUCAUAGAGGUAUCAGUAUUGUUGCUGUGUCAGGAUAA